AUGGCUUCGACCACUUCCGAGACGACUUUUGCGCAAGCCACGGCUGUGAAGGCGGCCAGCUCUCAUACUUACAACGCCCACUUUCCUGGAGAUUGGUGUCUUGGCCCAGUGCCGCAUGGAGGCUUCAUGACCGCGGUCUUCCUUCAAGUAGCCGCUACCCACUUCAAGACUACCCUCUCUUCUCAGAAUCAGCCUCAUACAAUCGGCCUGCACCUCGACUUCCUUCGUCGCACGCAACCGGGCGCGGCUCUGUUCACGGUCAAAGACAUUAAACUCGGCCAUCAGACUUCCAACAUACAAAUCGUACUUACCCAAGGUGGCCACGAAGAGGUGAUCGCUUCUAUAACGCAGGGUAAUCUUCUUACCGAGUCCGGUGUGACAUUCUCCACAGACUACACUCUCCACCCGCUCCCUCCACCGGUCGAUUUAUCCCAACUCAAAGAGGAUAAUGACGAGCACUGGGCGAGACUUCACGAAAUGCCCUUUGCAAGCUUCCGGAAGGCGGCGACGAAGACGCAGUUCCACUUUCCUCGGAAGGACUACGAGAGCAGAAGCUUGAGCGACCAGUGGAUUCGAUGGAAGAACGGAGAGAAGUGGACCAACACUUCGCUCGGCUAUGUUGCGGACAUGUUCGCCAUGCCUAUAGAGAACUAUCCCAGGAAGACGGACCCCAAUGGCCCGAAGAGUAGAGGGAAAGCAGAAGGGCCUCCGGUGAAAUUAUGGUAUCCGACCGUGCUGCUGAAUGUGGAUGUCAAGAAGGCAUUGCCAGAGGAAGGGGUCGAGUGGUUGUUCUCGAGAACUGCCAUCAAGCAGAUCAAGAACGGCAGGAUGGAUCUGGAGCUUGUGGUUAUGGACGAAGCGGGUGAGAUUGUGGCUUUGAGCCAUCACAUUGUGUUGGCUGCAGCUGUCGGAUCAGAGAAAAUUCCUGCGAAGAAGAAGGGGUGGAAGGGAAGAAACCGUGAUGGAAAGAAGGAGCUGGCUGGUCAAGCUAGUUGUGAGACCUUGGAUGAGAAACCGCAGGCGUCGCGAUACAAGUUGGAAAGCAACAUGCCUGUGAGCGGACAGGCUGUGGAUAUAAAAACGGUCGAGGUGAUCGCCAACGACCAUGUGGUUCCCAGUGUUGCAGUAGCAGUAGCGGAGGUCGACGACUUUGGCCUCCCGAUUGUCAAACACAAAGUCACCACGCCGGUUGAGCCGGAAAACCACCAUAACGAGGAGGCAGCGUCCGGGGUCAGUAAUAGGAAUGCGGAGAUGGAAGAAGCUUCUCAAUCCGAGGAUUUGAUCGGCUCUGCGAAGGCUCAGCUUGAGCCUCCAGGUGUGGAAUCCAGUGAAGAUGAGGAAUUCAAAGAUACCAGGCCAACGCCGUUACUAUCUAGAACCCCGGUUCCGCAACUGCAGGAAAUCGGCGAAAAGGCCCAGGCAGGAACAAGAGCUGUGACUCCAGAGCCUCAACAGCACCUUGACGACUGCGAAGAGCCCCAGAAGGCUCGCGAUGCGAUUCAGCAAGAACCCGCAAUAGUCACACCAGCAGAGCCCUCCCCCAAAUCAACCACGCCUCCCAUUGUGUUGGAAGAUGCUAAGGAUAGGGCGGUAGAGCAGAACAUGGCGGAGGCUAAGAAGGAAGAGCAGAGAGAAAUCGUACAUGCUCGCUCACGAAGCUCGCAGACUGGUGGGGUAUCAGAGUGGUCGCAUCAACACAGUACACAGAUGGACACCAAGUCACCAGUAGUGGAAGAGGACGACGAAUGGCAGACCAUGCCAGCGUUUGCCCCAUACGACAUGUACGAUGACGAUAAUAGACUUGUCGCAAGAGAAGCGCAUGACUCUGAUGAUGAGGCAGAUGCAUAUGAGGGACUUGGUGGAGCAGGAAAAGGGUACACCAGAGUUCAGCUAGACGAGGAUGCUCAAUCGGCAACAAGUCUUGACGAAAACACCAAGUACCUCUUCAAAGAACCCAAUGGGACUACGGAUACUGGAGAAAUGGAGGACGAAGAAUAUCGGGAUGCCACCUCUCAAAUGGCGGCGACCAAAGGACUCUUGACUGAGGGACAAAGAAUCGCUUACGUUGGAAUGACCAGGUUGAUUCUUUCGGAUAUGGUGACUGCUGCCGAAGCCAUGACUCAUAGCAGAGGCAGCAAGAAGGAACUUCAGAUGGCAGCUGAAGCUAUGCGGAUGUGGAGUCAGAAGAUGAUGGUUCGGCUGUAUGCCCACAUGGAGAUCAGCACCGCUGAGCAGAUCAUGAUUGAGCAACUGGCCCAGCAUGGUGUUCUCCCAACAACGGCAAAUCUCGAAAUUGAUCUGCGCUGGACUGUGCUUUGCGACCUUUUCCUUACUCUUAUUUCUGACUCGGUCUACGAUGCUCGAUCCAGAGUCUUACUUGAGAAAGUAGGAGAUAAUAUGGAUGUCUCUUGGCUUGAGAUUUGUCGAUUCGAGAAGCGGGUAACAGACGCCUUGGAGAUGCAACAAGCCGCCGAGAAAGAGAACUGGAACGAGGAUGAGCACAAGGAAAGUCGCAGGAAACUGGCCCUGAAUAAGAGGUACAUGUUGAUGGGUCUUGCUACCGUCGGAGGCGGUCUAGUUAUUGGUCUCUCUGCCGGGUUGUUGGCUCCUGUAAUUGGUGCUGGACUCGCCGCCGGAUUCUCGACUAUUGGUGUUGCAGGAACAGGUACUUUCCUUGCAGGCGCCGGAGGUGCGGCUAUUAUCACCUCCAGUGCUGCCGCUUCAGGGGGUAUCAUCGCCGUACGAGCCGCAAAUCGAAGGACGGGAGCUGUCAAGACCUUCGAGUAUCGACCCCUCCACAACAACAAGCGAGUCAAUCUGAUCGUCACCAUCUCAGGAUGGAUGACUGGAAAAGUUGAUGACGUACGACUACCGUACAGUACAGUCGAUCCUAUCAUGGGAGAUAUAUACUCCGUACUUUGGGAGCCUGAAAUGUUACGAAGCAUGGGAGACACAAUAAACAUCUUGGCUACAGAGGCUCUGACUCAGGGUCUCCAGCAAGUUCUCGCCAGUACAAUACUGACCAGUCUUAUGGCUGCACUCACGCUCCCUGUUGUCUUGACAAAGCUGUCUUACCUCAUUGACAAUCCUUGGACGGUUUCUCUCGAUCGAGCGAACGCUGCUGGCCUGAUUUUGGCCGAUUCUCUUAUUGACCGCAAUCUUGGUACCCGGCCUAUCACCUUCGUUGGAUAUUCCCUUGGGUCGAGAGUCAUCUUUGCGUGCUUGAAAGAGCUAGCAAGGAAAGGUGCCUACGGGCUCGUCCAGAAUGUCUACCUCUUUGGCUCCCCAAUUGUAGCGAAGAAGGACGAGUACCUCAAAGCGAGAUCCGUUGUUGCAGGUCGGUUUGUGAACGGUUACGCGAGGAACGACUGGAUUCUGGGCUACUUAUUCCGCUUGACGAGUGGUGGAAUCAGUCGUGUCACUGGACUUGCGCCCGUGGAAGAUAUUCCAGGCCUUGAGAAUGUUGACGUAACAGAGCUUGUCCCCGGACACAUGGCAUAUCGAACAGCAAUGCCGAAGCUACUCCGUAAGGUGGGUUGGCUUGUUGACAGCGACGAAUUCACGGAGAUUGAGGAUCCAGAUCCCGACAAUCACCAACAACGCCAGAGAGAGCUGAUCAACGAGAUCGAAGAAGCAAGAAAGGAGCUUGAGAGGAAGGAGAAGGAGGAAAAAUCCCAAGGCAAGUUUGGUUUUUUCAGUCGGAAGAAGAAGGCUGUCGCGGAACGGAAGGAGUGGGAGACCUACGAAGAGUAUAGGGGCGACCCGCCGAGUUCUAAAACAGAGGACGGCCGCGGCAAUAAUCAUGGCGUUCUUUUCGACAUCGACGCCAUUCGCGCUGAGCUUGCUAGCGAGCAUAUGGAAGUCAAGGAGCUUAAAUCCACACUUCCGCCUAUGAAACUCGAAUUGGGUGCGUCUGCACCCAAUUCAUCCAAUCAGCGUAAUUCCUUCCAAGAAACCAAGUCCUAUGGAUCCUCCACAAUGUUGCAAGUCAGUAGACCAUCACCCGCCCAUUCGCCCAGGCGUUCCAGCAGCGAGUGGAUACCAUCCAGCAGCUCACACACUCCCGUCUAUGGCGAGGAGGGCGAGGAGGUCCAAAUGACCUUCGAUACCACUUACCGUUCGCCUGCUCGCUCGGCAGCUACCUCCAGCAACUAUCUACCACUCCGAUCACCGCCUCCCUUGAAGUCGCCGACGCCAGAUCUCACAGAACGUACGGUAGCACUGCAGAGACCCGAAGAGAAGAGCAGCACUUCGGUGCCAGCUACAUUGCCACCUAUGGAUUACGGACACAACGCGUGGGCGGACGAUGACGAGGACUUUGGGCAGGAAAAGGAGAUUGAGAUGACUUUUGCAUAG